AUGGCGUCUAUGCAACAGCACGAAGUCCCUGGGAUCAGAGACCCCAACGGCAUGUCGCCAGACGACAUGAUACCCGGCACGGAAAUAAUGAGAGAAUGGGAGGAGUACGAUGCGACACAACUCUCCAGAGAUGGUUUCGUGCUUAUUCCUCAUCCCUCAAACGAUCCGAGCGAUCCUCUUAACUGGUCCAAGCCUUGGAAGUAUCUGGUGAUGACAACUCAAUUCCUUUUCCUAUUCGUGUCAGUGGAGUCCGCUCUCUCCAUGGGACCGAUGUUCCCCUUCUUUGCGGCCGAAUUUCACCUCAAUGAUACACAGCUCAGUCUAUUGACUGGAGCUUGCGUGUUGGCUCUCGGGUACUCGAAUUUCAUCAUUGUUCCUUGUUCGAAUAUUUUCGGUCGCCGCUUGACCAGUUUGGUGUUUUGUCUCUUAGGAGUUGCUACCUGCAUCUGGCAAGCUCUUGCGAAGAGCCACUCAAGCCUUCUAGCAGCUCGAGCAGUCAAUGGAAUUGCUACCGCCACAAGUGAGACUCUAUUGGUUCAGGUUGUCGCUGAUAUGCUUUUCCUCCAUGAGAGAGGAUUUUGGACGGGUGUCUAUUUCACCGGCUACUUCCUUGGAUUAUUUCUUGGGCCUGUAAUUGCCGGGAAUAUCGCCCAGAGAUUUGGUUGGCGAAGCUUUUUCUGGCUCUCACUUGCUAUGACCUGCUUCAAUCUUCUCAAUCUUCUCUUCUGCUUCCCAGAAACCAGAUUCAAUCGCCGAGGGUCAACUGACACAGUCAAUCACGAAGAGAAUCACUCACAGACCCCCGAAGAGCGGGAGAGUCACAGCAGCGGUAUUCCCAAAGAGGGGCUGGAGCAUCUGGAAAGUGUUGAGGGCCAUGCCACGGCUGUGGGCCAUGGCCGGCCUUCAAAGUCGCAAUACAAAUUGUGGCAAACACCUGCAGAAGAUUGGAAAGAGUUUUUGAUUCGCGAUAUCAUUUCCCCUUUGAGAGUCUUUUCCUUCCCAAUCAUCUUUUGGGCCGGUCUGAAUGUAGCUGGUCCUGCGAAUCUCCUACUGUUCUGGAAUCUGACGGAAUCUACCGUGCUGGGUGCUGCUCCGUACAACUUCAACCCAGCGGCAGUUGGGUAUGCCAACUUUGCAUUUGCGGUCGGAGGUAUCGUUGGACUGGUUACAGCAGGACCAUUUUCAGAUUGGGUCGCCAUGAAAGCUACCUCACGAAAUGGCGGAAUUCGGGAGGCUGAGAUGCGGUUGCCUGCCCUUAUUCCAUACUGCAUUACAACAGUCGUUGGAAUCGUCAUUGGUGGUCUUGGCUACGAGAGGCUUUGGGAUUGGCCAAUAAUUCUUGUCAUUGGAUAUGGUUUUAGUGGUCUGUGUGUGACGACAGUCCCGACAAUUGCAGUCGCUUAUGCUGUUGAUUGCUACAAGCCUAUAUCGGGGGAGAUCAUGGUCGUCGCGACUGUGAUCAAGAACACUUGCGGGUUCGCGAUGAGUUACUGGGUAUCUCCACUGGCGGAACGCAAAGGGUGGCUUACGCCUGCGAUGGUCCAGUUCUCUCUGACUGUAGGGCCUCUCCUGCUGGGAAUCCCUAUCUACAUCUUCGGCAAGAAACUUCGAAGGCUGACUCGGAACUCCGUGGUGCAUUCUUACUCUGGAUGA